AAAAAUCCAAAAGGAAGCUGUCAACACUACAACUGCAAUAUCAAUAUGCUUUGAUUUACUAUACAAUAUCAAUACCAGUUCUCUUGUUUCUUGGUUUUUCUGGUUUACAUAGUAAUUUGAGAACAAAAUCAUAUUUACCAAACUUUUACAAACAAUAUGACGGUCUCUUUUCACGUUUUCAUCACUGACUUGCCGUCGUGUUUUUCCUGCGUUGCCUAUCUCUGCGUCACUUGCCGUCGUGUUUUGGUUGUGUUGCGGCUGCCUCAUCAAGUUGUUGUUGGUGGUGGAGUCGUUCAGAUUUUUGCAAUUUGGUCAAAAGGAUUUUUUUUUUUUUUUUUUUUUCCGAUACAGAUUUUAUCUUUUAAGUUUUGGACCAUGUGAUUAAUCUAGCGGUCAAGAUUUGGAGAAGGAGAGAGAAGGAGACAGUCGGAGAUGGAAGAAUCCGGAUCGCCCACCUCGUCUAUAUUUUUCAUUUUCCAUCUUUUUACCCUUUUCCCUCUCGCUACUUCUCACUCAACUGCGGUUGCUCCACUCCCUUCUCCGCUCUGCUUCUUCUCCUCACCGCUUCUCCACCACCCUUUUUCAGAGCUCGCUGCUAUUUCAGUAACAUUUCUAACAGGAAGGAAGAAAAAUGGUGUUUGGUCAAGUAGUGGUUGGUCCUCCUGGCUCUGGGAAAACAACUUACUGUAAUGGCAUGUCUCAGUUUCUAACUCUAAUUGGAAGGAAGGUUGCUAUUGUCAAUUUGGAUCCAGCUAAUGAUUCAUUACCAUAUGACUGUGCUGUGAACAUUGAGGAUCUUGUGAAACUUAGUGAUGUCAUGAUAGAACACUCUCUUGGUCCUAAUGGGGGUCUUGUAUACUGUAUGGAUUAUCUAGAGAAAAAUAUUGAUUGGUUGGAAGAAAAAUUGAAACCUCUUCUGAAAGAUCAUUAUUUACUCUUUGAUUUUCCUGGCCAAGUGGAACUAUUUUUUCUUCAUUCAAAUGCCAAGAAUGUCAUCAUGAGGCUCAUAAAGAAAUUAAGUUUAAGGUUAACGGCAGUGCAUUUGGUUGAUGCUCAUCUUUGCAGUGACCCUGGGAAGUACAUCAGUGCAUUGCUUCUAUCCUUAUCCACAAUGCUACAUCUAGAACUCCCCCACAUAAAUGUCUUGUCAAAAAUUGAUUUAAUUGAGAGCUACGGAAAGCUAGCCUUCAACCUUGAUUUUUAUACAGAUGUGCAAGACUUGUCAUAUUUGCAACACAGUCUUGAUAAAGAUCCUCACUCUGCUAAGUACAGAAAGCUCACAAAGGAAUUGUGUGAAGUCGUUGAACACUACAGUCUUGUGAACUUUACAACCUUAGAUAUUCAGGACAAAGAGAGUGUAGGGAAUUUAGUGAAGCUGAUAGACAAAACCAAUGGGUAUAUAUUUGCUGGCAUAGAUGCAAGUGCAGUUGAGUUUAGCAAGAUUGCUAUGGGAGCUCCUGAUUGGGAUUAUUAUAGAGUUGCAGCUGUGCAAGAGAAGUACAUGAAGGAUGAUGAAAAUAGUAAUGAUGAUUGAUGAGGAAAUGCUGAUUAUUCUCUUCCAGCAAUGCAAGAGAAUGAUCACCAGGUAAUUUUACUUCAUUCGAUGUUAAGUUGCUGAUGUGAACAUUACGAAUUUUACAGUGUUUCUAUUUCUCAUCCUUAUGGUGCUAAAGAUUUUGAGAAUAUGGUGGAAGCAAUAGAGCUUUCACUUAGUUUCAGGAUAUUAGCGUACUAGACUCGGCUAACUUUGUAUAGAACCCUACCUCCUUUUUAUAUUGAACAAUAUUUUUGUUGUUAUUUGAGGUCAAUUCAUUUUAAUUUCUGCA